AUGGAGGAGGAGCAGAUGAAUCGUCCGGUGGGGACGACGAGAAGAGCGACAGAGGUUUUGGUGGGGUUUGGGUCGAUUUCCGUCGUCGAAUUCUGGUUUCCUCACGAGGUCGCCAAGAGGGCAAGGUCGCUCAGAGCCCCCGCCAACAUCGCCGACGCCUAUCUUUCUCUGAUGGGUUUUGACCAUCGCAGAUGUGAAUCAAAUUUUGAAUCGGAAGUAACAUGUCUCUGGUUCGGGAGGAGCUAG